AUUAUGAAUGUUUGCAUCCCCACAGGUGGCUGCAGUUUUGUUGGGAUGGUGAUCUUCAUCACGACGAUCCCAGACCCCUACGUUGUGUCUUACUCCCUUGGGCUCACCGUCAUAGCCAUGACCCUGAUCCUCAUCGCCGGGACCCUGAUGAUCCCCGACAGCUUCAACGACAAUGACCGGGAGGACGACGACUCGGACGAUUAUUAUGGCACGCGCAGGCGCAGCGUCGUGUCCCCCAUGCCGCUGCAGAAACGAGGCCCCGCGUCUCGUGGCGUGACGCCCAUCUCUUACCGAGGCGCCGUGGAGGGCUCCAGGUGGAGGAGCUACUGA